UAAAAACUUAGUUGGUCUUUAAGGUGCUACUGAAGGAAUUUUUUUAUUUUACUUCGAUCCAGACCAACACGGCUACCUACCUGUAACCAGAACUAUGGAAGGCACCACAUUGAGCCGCAUGAAAUGGAAGUCCAUCAUCUGAAGAAGUGUGCAUGCACACGAAAGCUCAUACCAAAAUAAAAACUUAGUUGGUCUUUAAGGUGCUACUGAAGGAAUUUUUUUAUUUAACUAAUUUGUAGUCAGUUAUAGAAUGGGACUUGUGUGAUCAUUGGAAAUGAGAAAAAUCGUGCCCCUUCCCUCCCACCGCUGGGGGAAAUGGCUAAUGAAGAAGCAGCUACGGUACUUAAAAUCCCCAUCAAUUUUAUGCCAUCUAGCAUUUGCAGUGUGCCUUUUCAGUCAUACAACAUAGUCUUCCGGGGUGGGGAGGGGCCUUAUGUAAAAGUUUUGUGGACAUGUCCUUCCUGUUGUUCCGACGAUGUGGAUGGCUGUUUUAACUUAUGUCAGUCGACCCUUUCCAAUUGUCAUUUCAAGCAACAUGGACAAGGCUACCCUUAGCAAAAAGGGGUGGGCCAGGGAAAGGCGGCCGUAUCAUGCCAAUUGCCGGGGAGGGGGAGUUGUCCCAAACCUGAUUUGCUCCAGGUGGUAAGACUCCAGUUCCCAUCAGUCGCAGUAAGGAUGGCUGUGGUUAAUAGUGAUGGCAGUUGUAACCGGGAAGUGUGAGGGCGGCGCCUGGUUGGAGUAAGUUGCUCAGCUGGUGCCAUUAUUAGAGGGUGUUAUUUAUCCCACCAUUUUCUACAAGGAGCUGGAGUACAUGUGAAUCAUUACCCUACUUAGGUUAGUCGAGGAGGCUUAUUUGUCCUUUACAGCCUUCGCUGUAAAGGACAGUAACAUGCAUCUGACAACAGGCUAGGUCACAACAAGCAUUGACGUUAUAUAGAUGUCGGCACCUCCGUUCCUGAAGGUACCGGAGCAUCCUUGGCUGGUUUUUUAUUAUUUGUCCUUAAAGGGUGCAGCAAUGAUGCGAACUGGCUCUUCCUUUGUGGCCAAGGGUGCUUGUUCGGACGCUGCGCCGGCUAUUUAAUAGCACACAAGACCUAUGGAAAUCAUAGCUGCCAAGUUUUCCCUUUUCUCGCGAGGAAGCCUAUUCAGCAUAAUGGAAAAUCCCUUAAAAAAAGGGAUAACUUGGCAGCUAUGAUGGAAAUGUGGGCUGCAUAUCCUUGUUAGAGUUGGCGAAUGUUUCCUUACUUCCCCCGAUCCCGGCUUUCGUUGUGCCGCCAUUUUGAGCGCUUUUACUUCCUCUACAAAAUUGGAAGUCUGCAGGAAUGGGCGGAAGUGCUUCAGCGGUUCCGCUUCUUUCCCCCGCCCUUUUCCGUUACCCACGGAAUAGGGUGUCAAGGCGGGCAGAGGGUUGCGCUUUUCAGGGGAGAGACCGAGGGGAACCAAAAUGAAAAAAGCGCUUCGGGGAGCCGCUCGGCGCCAACUUCCUGCCUGAGACACAUGGCAACAUUGGCCCGCCUCUUUUGCGCGUAGAAAACACCGCGGGGGGGGGAGUCACGUGAGAGAAAGCGGGGUGGGGAAAUAGGCAGGUCACGUGAGAGAAAGCGGAAGUCGGGAGCGCCGAGUCCCGGGUGUUUUCUUGACAGCGGGGGCCGCAGGUGCAGCCGGGGUCGCGUGCUCCGCCACGGCCCCCUCCGCGAUGAGGCGGGUGCGCGCGGCCGGGGAGAAGCUGUGCCGGCGCGUGCGCGGCGUGGAGGCGCUGCGCGAGACGUGCCGUCAGUACCCGCUCUCUUGCUGCCUCCUCCUAGGGCUCAGUGCGGCGACGCUCCUGCUCAGCCGGUAUCUUCACAUUCUCAUGACCUUCUGGUCAUUUGUGGCGGGAGUUGUCACAUUCUAUUGUUCCUUAGGACCAGAUUCCCUCUUACCCAAUAUCCUAUUUACAAUAAAACAUAAAACCAAGCAAUUAGAACUGCAAGAACUAUAUCCUCAAGGUUACACCUGUACAGUAUGUAGUAGCGUCAAAUGUAAUAGGCACAGGCCUACAUUUCUGCUACAAAAGUAUCAGCCAUGGCUGAACUUGAAAGUUCCUUCUAAAGUUGAUGCAUCCCUCUCAGAGGUGUUUGAGCUUGUGCUGGAAAACUUUGUUUAUCCUUGGUACAGGGAAAUAACUGAUGAUGAAUCAUCUGUGGAUGAAUUAAGAGUAACACUGAGAUUUUUUGCAUCUGCAGUAAUACGACGAAUAUACAAGGUGGAUAUUCCAACGGUUAUUACAAGGAAAAUGCUGAAGGCAGCUAUGAAGCAUAUAGAAGUAAUAGCCAAAGCCAGUCAUAAAGUGAAAAAUGCCGAAUAUUUACAGCAAGCUGCUUUAGAAGAAUAUGGACCAGAGCUCCAUGUGGCUUUGAGAAGUAGAAGAGAUGAACUUCAUUAUUUAAGGAAACUUACAGAACUUCUUUUCUCCUUCCUUUUACCUCCAAAGGCAACAGACUGUGGAUCAUUCACCAUACUUAUAAGAGAAAUCCUUUCAGGUUCUGUUUUCCUUCCCACCAUGGACUUCUUAGCUGAUCCGGAUACUGUGAACCACUUGCUACUUAUCUUCAUUGACGACAGCCCACCCGAAAAAGCAACAGAACCUGCUUCUGCUUUGGUACCCUUCCUGCAAAAGUUUGCAGAGCCCAGAAGCAAGAAGCCCUCUGUCUUACAAUUAGAGCUGAAAGAAAUUAAAAACCAGCAGGAUCUUUUCUUUCUCUUUAUGAACUUUUUGAAAAAAGAAGGAGCGGUGCAUGUAUUGCAGUUCUGCUUGGAUGUAGAGGAACUUAACGACAAAAUUUUGCAGCCAGAAUUGUCAGAUUCUGAAAAGAUGUCCCUUCACGAAGAAGUACAGAAAAUCUACAAAACCUACUGUUUGGAUGAAAGCAUUGACAAAAUUAGAUUCGAUCCUUUCAUUGUGGAAGAGAUACAAAGUAUUGCUGAAGGUCCCUAUGAUGAAGUUGUGAAGUUGCAAAGGAUGCGAUGCCUUUUUGAAGCCUAUGAACAUGUUUUCUCUCUCUUAGAGAGCGUAUUUACACCUAGAUUCUGUCACAGUGGUGAGUUUUUCAGGCAUCUCUUAAAAGUAGAUGAAUCUCCAACACGCAAUUCUAAAUCAAACAAGAGCCUGCAGAGAAAAGGAGAAUCGUCCGGAAUCAGAAGUAUUAGUAGCAAAAUUAAAGGAGUGUUCAAGAGUACCACAAUGGAAGGCGCAGUGCUGCCCAACUAUGGCCUGGCUGAAGGAGAGGAUGACUUUAUUGAAGAAGGCAUCGUGGUAAUGGAAGAUGAUUCUCCCGUGGAGGCACUUAGCACACCUAAUACCCCUCGCAAUCUUGCAGCUUGGAAAAUUACCAUCCCGUAUGUGGACUUCUUUGAAGACCCCCCUCUUCAAAGGAAAGAGAGAAUUCCCGUAUUUUGCAUUGAUGUGGAAAGGAAUGACAGAAUGGCAGUUGGUCACAAACCUGAACACUGGUCGGUCUACAGAAAAUACCUUGAAUUUUAUGUUCUUGAGUCAAAGCUAACAGAAUUUCAUGGUACAUUCCCUGAUGCACAGCUUCCUUCAAAGAGGAUCAUCGGACCAAAGAACUAUGAAUUCUUGAUGUCAAAGAGAGAGGAGUUUCAGGAAUAUCUGCAGAAACUUUCACAACAUCCAGAACUAAGCAACAGCCAGCUUUUGGCUGACUUCUUAUCGCCGAAUGGUGGAGAGACUCAGUUUCUUGAUAAAAUGUUGCCUGAUGUCAAUCUAGGUAAAAUUAUAAAAUCUGUCCCAGGGAAGCUAAUGAAAGAGAAAGGCCAGCACUUGGAGCCAUUCAUUAUAAAUUUUAUUAACUCCUGUGAAUCUCCCAAGCCUAAGCCAAGUAAACCUGAGCUUACUAUUCUCAGCCCUACUUCUGAAAACAACAAAAAGCUUUUUAAUGACCUGUAUAAGAACAACGCAAACCGCUCAGAGAACUUAGAGAGAAAACAAAUUCAGAACUACUUUAUGGAAAUGAUGACCGUUGAAGGAGUCUAUGACUACUUAAUGUACAUUGGAAGAGUUGUUUUCCAUAUUCCUGAUUGGCUUCACCAUAUCUUGAUGGGAGGGCGAAUUCUCUUCAAACGCACCUUAGAGGAGUACACAGACUACUACCUGCAGCACAAACUAGAGCAACUCUUUCAGGAGCAUCGCCUGGUGUCGCUUAUAACACUUCUGAGAGAUGCUGUAUUUUGUGAGAAUUCUGAACCUCGAUCUCCUCAGGAUAAGCACAAGAGGGCAAAACAGACCUUUGAAGAAAUGAUGAAAUACAUUCCAGAUUUGAUAGGCAAGUGCAUUGGAGAGGAGGCCAAAUACGAAGGCAUAAGACUUCUGUUUGAUGGACUGCAGCAGCCAGUGCUCAACAAACAGUUAACAUAUGUUCUACUGGAUAUUGGGAUUCAGGAACUAUUUCCAGAACUGAAUGAGGUUAAAAGUAUGCUCGCUCCGGAUCAUAGUGGAUGAAAACAUCAAAAUACUGGAUUAACUCCAUGUUAUAGAUAUUUGCAAUGUACUAAUUUAUUGAAUAGGUCAUGUGUUUAGUCUUGUACAUUUCCUUGUAAAUAGAAUGAACUUUGACUUUAA